AUGGCAGUGCUUGCAGGAGCCUGCUUUCUAUUUACCAAAUAUUAUCAAGACUAUCGUGAAAGCGAACUUUUGGCUACAACUGUCACGAUUUGUUCUUUAACACUAUGUUUGAGUGCAAUAGCAUUAUUUCCCGUAGAUAUAUUUUUAGUAUCUUCAACGGUUAAUUUAAAUACUGGGUUAAAGCAUGAUUGGGCUACUAAAGAUGAAGUUCACCAAAUUUUAUAUGAAUUAAAGAGUGUUUAUUAUGCAAUGUAUGGAUCGAUUGCUAUAUUCUGCGCAUUCAUGAUUCCAUUCGCUUAUUUCUAUUAUGAGGAAUAUGAUGAGAGUGAAACGAUUCAACAA